AUGCCCCCUCCGAACCUUCGUAGCCACAAGCCAAUGGAGUGUAGUCAGGUGCGCCGAAAAGAACCCUUCUUUUCCCCUCCUCCAAACCGCGAGGCAGACAACCCAACAAGGUCAGACGUUGAACUUCAGGAGCCUUCAGCAUCGGACGGAAGAAAUGAGGACGACGCCUCGCCACUCGCUGAUCGACCCCGCAGCCCAUGGCAUCCCAACACAUCCUUCCUCGAGUGGCGUCCAGAUCCGUCCGAUUCCAAGUUCGAGCACAAAGUUGUCGAGGUCGGACACAAUCCGUUUCUCAGUUGGCCCAGUUGGGGUUGA